AUAUGAGAGAGAUCUCAACGUUGACCAGGACAAGAUGCAAAUGUGGAAGCAAGCUCUUAAUGAAACUGCAAACUUAGCUGGUUAUGACUCUCGCACAUUUAGGGAUGAAUCCGAAUUGAUUCAAAAGAUUGUCAAAGACAUAUUGCAGAAACUGAAUCACAAGUACCCCCCAGCUGAACUAAAAAGACUCAUAGGCAUUGAGGACAACUGCGCAGAGAUUGAAUUAUUGUUGAAAGAUGCCAAAACAAAAACCAUUGGAAUAUGGGGCAUGGGGGGUAUCGGCAAGUCAACCAUUGCCAAAACUAUAUUUUUAAAAUAUUCUUCCCACUAUGAUUAUUCUUGGUUCUUGGAAAAUAUAAGAGCAAAGUCUAAAAAUGGACUUACUGAAUUACGCCGUAAAUUUCUCUCUCGUCUCCUAAGGGAUGAUUCCCUUAUUGAUACUGCAACCUCUUUUCUUGAGUCGAGGCUUAGUCGUAUGAAGGUUUUUGUUGUUCUUGAUGAUAUCAGUACGAAGGGGCAAUUAGAAGACUUGGUUGGAGAACCUUUUUGCUUUGGGCCAGGAAGUAAAAUUCUCAUCACAACAAGAGACAAGCACGUGCUUAGCAAAGGAGUUGACAUAAUAUAUAAGGUUAAGGAAUUGGAGUUCCAUCAAUCCCUCGAACUUUUCAGCUUGAAUGCCUUCAGCACUAGCCUACCCAUAAUGGGGUAUGAAGAACUGACAGACAGGGCAGUUGUUUAUGCACAAGGAAUUCCAUUGGCUUUAAAAGUCCUGGGUUCAUAUCUUCGUGGUAGAAGUGAAAUUGAAUGGAAGAGUGCUUUAAGGAAACUUGAGAAGAGUCCUCAUCAAGAUAUUCAAAAGGUGUUAAGGUUGAGUUAUGAUGGAUUGGAUGAGGAGGAGAAGGCAAUAUUUCUAGACAUUGCUUGCUUUUUGGUGGGACAGCUGACAGAAUUUGUAAUCAGUUUAUUAGAUAGCUUUGGCUUCUGUGGAGCAAUUGGGGUAAGAACACUUCAAGACAAAGCUCUCAUAGACGUCUGUGAUGGUUCACGUGUUGAAAUGCAUGAUUUAAUACAACAAAUGGGUUUGCAAAUAGUUCGUGAAGAGUCUAUUGAUGAACCUGGAAGACGUAGUAGAUUAUACAAUUUUGAAGAAAUUUAUGAUGUUUUGGCUAAUAACAGGGGAUCAAAGAAAGUUGAAGGAAUAAUGUUGGAUGUUUCUCAAAUUAAAGAUGUACAUUUGGAAGCUGACAUUUUCAAGAAGAUGCCUAAUAUAAGAUAUCUCAAAUUUUAUUCUAAUAGUUAUUCUCCUUUCCACACUUCCUCAAGUCAUGUGCACCUUCCAGAAGGUCUCAAAUUUCUUCCUAAUAAGUUGAGGUAUCUAGAGUGGUAUGGAUUCCCCCUUAAAUCUCUGCCGUCCACUUUUUGUCCUGAAAAACUUGUUGAGCUCCGCAUGCGCGAUAGCCAUCUACAAAAGCUUUGGAACGGCGUUCAUGAUUUUGUGAGCUUACAAGAGAUAGACCUUAGUGGUUCCAAACAACUACAAGAGCUGCCUAAUCUCUCCAAAUGCUUGAAUCUCAAAGUGGUGGAACUUGAGCAAUGCGAAAGUUUGUGCUCUGUUCAUUCCUCAAUCUUGUCCCUCUACUCGCUUGUUGAGUUGAACUUACGCGACUGCAAGAAACUUGAGAGUCUAAAAAGUGAGUUACAUUUAAGAUCUCUAGAAUAUAUCGAUGUGUUCAGGUGCUGGAAUCUCAAGGAGUUCUCAGUGUCAUCGGAUGAACUGAGAGACUUGGAAUUAGACGAAACAGGAAUUGAAAUCUUGCACUCGUCUGUAGCGCGUUCAAGUAACUUGAAAAGCAUCGGUCUUAGAGGCUUAAGACUUGUGAACCUCCCCGACCAAUUAUCCUGCUUGACAAGUUUGAAUGCUCUUAGGCUUUACGACUGUGAAAUCAUUGAUGAUUUGAAGCUACAUAUCUUUUUCGAUGGCAUGUUGGCUUUGAGAGAAGUGACGCUGAAGAGGUGCGGUAACAUAAUUGACCUCCCCAGUAACACUAAGCAUCUUUUAGGAUUGAGAUCUCUUGACGUAAUGGGUUGUAGGAGGCUUCGUUCUUUACCAGAAUUACCACCAUCCAUUGCAACCCUAAUUGCCGAUGAUUGCAAGUCGUUGGAAAUUGUGUCAACUUGGAGAUCAAGUGGUGAUCAAAUGCACUUCAGAUUCAAUAACUGUGUGCAACUGAUUGAACAAUCGCUUCACAAUAUCAUGGAGGCUGCUGCUUAUUCUAUACCUUAUUGUUUAUUGCAUAAAUAUAAGUACAUGGGUGAUUGUUCGAUUCAUAAAUAUAAUAGAUCCCUCCAUCGUUAUACGAUUUGUGUUACCGGAAGCAAAGUACCAGAGUGGAUCAAAUACAGGGCAGCACAAAGCUCCGUAACUAUUGAACUCCCUCAAAUUUCAGACCUGACGAGUUUCUUCUUCUGCAUUGUAGUUGAUGUUCAUUCAGAAAUUAACGGUGGAAGUCAAGUUUUGGGUGCACAUGCUACUUGGAAGGUUUUAAAGCGGCAGAUUCAACACAUGGCACGGUUCUUCCAGAUAUGA